UGGGAAACAGUAUACAGUAGUAGGGAAUGAUCACAAGUUUAUACCAGUAUUAGUAAUCUUCGAAAUCUUUAAUUAACCUAACAUGACGCAAUAGGAGCACACCAAUAAGUAAAAUCAAAAAAAUUUAGAGCUCCAGAAGUAUGUGCACCAAGAUGGCGCACAACCAGAACACAGUAUGUGUACCAGGUUAAGGUGCGUCAUGUUAGGUUAUUUAAAAAUGUUGAGGAUUACUGAUAUAAACUCGUGAUCAUUCCGUACUACUGUAUACUGUUUCCCAUCAAAAUUUCACAGACGCUAAUAAGUAAUGUAAAAAAAAGAUUUUUCUCUCUCUUCUGUGCUGUUUCCCUCUCUCUACUGCGCUGUUUCCCUCUCUUCCGUGCUGUUUCGCGCUAUAUUCAGCAAGUAGUAAGACCCGUUUUUACUUAAAAUUAGCAGAUAUAACAUUUGGCUACAAAGAAGCUUCAUUAUAUUUAAAGGAAGUCUCCCUGAUUACCACAUCGUUAUUAAACAAAUAUGAACAGCGAUCAGUUCAAUAUUGAAAAAACAGAAAAUCGCCUAAUUGCUGAAUUGUAUUAAUUAAAACUUGAAAAAUACAGAAAUUGCAUUAUAAAUUAUGAAUCUAGUAUAUAUUAAAAUAAUAUCUGAUAGGUUUAAAUUUUUCUUCACAUAUUUUAAUUUACUGUAAUAAAAAUUGAUAAGCUGUAUUCCGACAUGAUAUCAACACUCAUUAUCAGAUUAUCAAUGGAAUGGAUAAACAUAUGAAAACCAAUAUACUUUAUGAUUGCUCGUUUUCUUAUGUAUAUUUGGUUAUAUUCUAUUAUCAAAAAAAUGUGAUUUCAUAAUUUGUAUUUUAUACAGGGGACAAGAAACACAUGAGUAAUCCCAUAAACUUUAAAUGCAUUAUGACAAGAUGUAGUGAUUAGUUUUAAAUCGAGCAUUGAGGCAGAGUAAUGUGGACUAUGCUCAAUAUUGAAUGUGUCCAUAACAAGCGUAAUUGCUUAGGAGCUCUCUUUGUAUUCCUGUUUUUCCAAGGUAUUUCAUCAUGCUCCUCAGCUAAGCCAUGGCUUUCAUGUGGAAUCAAUGGCAGUGAUGAACAUGGUCAAUUCCUUCAACAUCACGAAAACUUUACAAUAAUAUGUAAAUUACAGGAUCUCAAUACUUCAGAAUUGUGGACUGUUAGUUAUUUGAAAACUACCAUAGUCAAUUCUACAUUUCGAAAGAUAUAUAAUUGGGGAGGAGAAUCAUCCAAUUCAACCAUAUACCAAUUACCUAUUUCGUUCAAAGAUUUAUUUCAUGAAUAUGAUGAUAAAAUAUUGCCAAUUACUUACUCUUAUUCGAACUUGAAAUGGAAUGUUAUUACAGUAUUUCAUAGUCCGGUUUUGGAGAAUCAUCUUUGGAAUCACUUCACAGUAUCAUAUCUUGAAACAGACAGCAUGUUUCGUUUUUCCUGGGGAACACCAUUAAAGAGUAAUAGCAUAACAAUAACUGGACCGCAAAUAGUGUUUGCUACAUUGCCGUGCCAACCUGGUUCUGGUCUUGUGAUUAUUUCAUCAUCAUCAAAUAUAUUUGUUGCUGUGUCAUGGAACAAUUUCAAAGAUGAAAACAACAUUCUGUGGUAUGACGCAACUUGUCACAUGCAAGGAAUUGGAGGGUAUUGUGCAAAAUUUAUGAAGAUCUACGAUGCUGUAUUUGCAUUCAACAGAUUGUACCUUGUCUCCUCUGGGGGUAUUUUCUCUAGUUCAUUAUUAGAUUCAGAGUGUGUUAUUCAACCUAAUGGCAAAUGCAUGACAGCUUUUGAAAAAUCAAAUUUACCUGAGUUGUCUGAUAUUGAUGUCUUAUGGGAAAAAACCAAAUUGAUAUAUUCACCGGUCUGUGCACAUCUGGACCCUUUAUCAAUACCUGGUGAUGGAAUUGUCUUGAGCAUCAUGCUUAAGAGUGAACAGACAAGUAUGCUCAUGAAGCUGGUGAAGCCAUUCAAGACUUGGGAACUUGUUGAAAAAAGCUUCUUGCUUAAUAGUAUGAAGCUUGGAGCUAUACAUUUUAAUAUUCAUACUCAGAUGAUUGUCACUGGUCAAUACCGUGUGACAGACAAUGUGUCAUCAUCAUAUUCUGUCACCUACCCAAUUUCUGAUAUUGAGAAAAACAAAAUAAGACCUUUAAUAUUUUCACUCGGGAAUUUUAUUCCUUAUCAAAUAAUAUCCUUGUCAAAUCAUUUCAUCUAUAUGGUAGGAAAAUUCGCACUUUUGUAUUCUGUUGAUGGAGGUAUAACUUAUUUGAAAUUGAAAGAUCUGAAAAGGGAUGAACUUCUGGUACAAGCUGUUAAGCAUGAAUGGUUGAAAUCUAUUGCUUUUCUAUUUAACUCUGGUAGAAUUUUGGUAACUCAAGUUGGAUUUACAGAUGUCCAUGAAUUGCAAUCAAAUAUGCAUGGAAUUACCAAACUAAUUUUCAAUAACAAUGGUGUACUUUUUGCUUUAAAAAUAUUUACAGAAAAUAUUGGUAAUCUUCCGGUUUUGAGCAUUCAAGAGAUACAAAUCAGGAAUAAGAAGCAAUGCACAUCUUCUUUAAUUUUGAGCGGGAAAAAUCUACUGAAGUCUGUUGUUUUUCUCGAUGUAGGAGCAAAAUUUCAUAUUGAAAUGAAUGCGGUUCAUGAACCUAAUUUAUAUUCCAAUUCUACAAGAUUUCCCACUUUAGAAACAGUGAUAACAAAUCCCCAGAUUCUCCAUAGCAAAAUUGAAAUACGAAACCUGACAUUAUUCAACCAACAAGUAUCAGUAACAGUUCAAAAUGUUAUGCACAGUGAAGGUAUAAGUGCAGUGACAAUAUUUUUGCGUGAUACAGAUUCUGCUUGCCGUCUCAUGUCACAUACCAUUCAUAUCAUAAGCACAUGUCCUUUGCAGAAGCAAGUUGUUUUUGAUUACUCAUCGUUUGUACCCUAUGAAAGUUUAUUAUCCAUUGAUGAUUAUGUUAACUUAUCAAAACCAUUUGAAGAUACCAGAGUUCUUGAUAAAAAUUAUCGACCACCAUCAGCAAUUGGCAUUUCGAUUCCUCUUUCAAAAAAUAUAUAUAAUUUUGAUCCUUCUUAUGUAGAAAAUACACGUUUAUUGAACUAUGAAUUUGCCGGUAAACAUAUGAUAUCAGAAUAUUGCAAAGGUGAAUGGUCCAACAAUGGAUGUCUAUGCAACUCUGCUAUGAAAUUUUCAUCAUUGCAAGAAUAUGCAAAUUGCAGAGAGAGAGUUUAUAAAGUGAAAUAUGAUACAGAAUAUCAUCUCCAUAUAAAACUUGAAAAUGAUAUAGAUGAAGUGAAGGAAGUUUUCUCUCCAUCUGAAUACCUAGUUUACUUGGAAGAAAUUAAUGGCCGCACAAGUGAUGUUUUCUAUGUUACAGAUGGCGGAAACCGAUUAUGCAUGGGACCCGAAUCGAAUCCUAUUUGCUAUCAACAAUCUAAUCACUCAGACAAGAGUUUUUAUGAUACAGUUUCUGAAUUUGCAUCACAUGGUACUAACAAUCAACUUUUCAACUCAACUACUUUAACUAUAAAGUUUCUGGGAACAGGGUUGUUUCAUUUUAGAAUUGUUUUAGCCAAUGGUUUCUCAUAUUGCAAAUUAAAAGAUGAAUUCCAGGUAUAUGUUACAAAUCCUCCUUUGCCUUUUCCAGUUGGCACUAUCAUCAGGCUUACGGUAUCAGUGAUGAUGGGUGGAGCACUUGUUGCUAUAUAUGUACAUUCUAUACGACAUUGCCAAGCCGCAAGAUCAGAAACUGCUUCCAAAGAAGAUUCAGAAAAUAAAGUAAUAUCUGGCUUCAGAAGAACUAAUGCUUCUAUUGUGACAGAAGAUGAUGUGAUCAACUUACGUAACAAAUUCCGAGCAAGUUUUCAAACUAAAUGAAAUCUGAUAUAGUCUAUCGAACUUGUAAAAAUUUUGUGUUAUUUUAAGCCAAAUACUAUUUUGUUAUCCAAAAGUCAUAUUUAGUUAUAUAUUUUUCAUUUUCAGA